GUCGUCGGUUACCAGGGGCGACCCGGCUAUCGAGUUAACAAGGGAAAAUGCCGGUGAAGUCGAAGAAGAAAGACAAGGCGAAAAAUGGUGAGAAAAAGAAGAAAACUGUGAAAAGGGCAGCUAUCAAGACCGGUGGAAGAAAAGAGGGAAGGUCCAAGUCUAGGUGCCAGGUGGACAUCUUCAACGAACACGCCGUCGAAAACGCCUACUACACUUGUCACAAUGUGAUGGACGUGCUGAAGAUCAGAGGCUUUCCGUGGCCAGAAGCAGCUAAAAAGAAGAAGAAAGGAAAGAAAAAAUAAAUACGUCAUCAAAUCACAAACCUAGACAUAAUCAGUGAAUAUUAUGAUUUCCCAUCUUGUUAAUGUAAUUUUGGGGUAAAGGUAAAUAAAUUUUUUUGAACAGCA